AUGGAAGAAGAACAACAAGAUAGUUACGAGACUCAAUAUUCAAAUGGAUGGAGUGAAAAAGAAAUGGAUUUAAUUAAUAACCUUAAAUCUGUUUAUCAAAGUGCUAUAACGAAAUUUCCUCAAAACGAAGAAUUGAUAAGAAGAUAUAAUUAUUUUUUACAAGGAAUUAAUGAUCAAAUAAAUGAAAGAGCAUUAUUAAAUUUGGCGUUAAGUCUAAUGCCUGAAAAGAAAGAAUUUGUUUGGAAAUUAUAUCAUGAGUUUGAAGAAAAAUGUGGCACAACUGAAUCGUUGAUGGAAUUUGAAGAAAGGUAUAUGGCAGAUACAACAAUGGAUCAAACAUCUAAUCAACACUCAAAAUUUACAUUUAUUUGGGUUAAAGACUUAUUUACAUAUCUUGAUAAAAAACCAUUUAGUGAAGAAGAUGAUAUGGAUUAUGAUUCUAUGAAAGAAUAUUUUGAAAAAGCCUCAAAGUUUGAAAUAAAUAAUCAAAGAAAUAAAACUAAAGCUGGAGAUGAAAAUGAGAAAUUAACACAACUGAUACAAUUAUUGCCAUUAAAUUAUCAUGGACAAAUAAUUGAUGUUGAUAAAUUAAUAGAAAUCUUAUCUGAAGAAUCUAAUGAUUUUAUUUAA